AGUUUCUCAGACUGACAUUGACAUUAUGUGGGCGGGGCUUGCUACUGCGCAACCGACGGAGAGCCGAUCCGAGUUUACACAGGAUUUGCUGUGGUCGUACAGUUGUGUGAUUUUGUAGGUAAAAAUCUGGACUUGUGUUUAUUUCAGUCAUUUUCUUUUCGCAGGUUUGGCUACAUGUUUAGCUCGUGGGUUACCGACUUAAGUUGGAGUACUUGAGACAGAGACAUACGUGCAAUGGCAACACAGUGUGUGACCAAAGUGCAACUCUGCUUGUCUUGUGAGAACCUCUUGGAUAAAGAUGUCGGCUCCAAAUCGGAUCCAUUAUGUGUAUUGUUGAUGAAUGCUAGUGGAACUCAGUGGUUUGAGGUUGACCGAACAGAAAGAAUCAAAAACUGCCUUAACCCCAAAUUCAGCAAGAGGUUUCAGGUAGAUUACUACUUUGAGAUUGUGCAGACACUGAAGUUUGGAAUUUAUGAUAUUGAUAAUAAAACCAUCGAUCUGAGUGAUGAUGACUUCCUUGGGGAGUUUGAAUGUACUCUAGGACAGAUUGUCUCUAGCAAGAAAGUGACCAGACCACUGAUGCUGAAGAAUAAGAAGCCUGCGGGGAAAGGAACAAUAACGAUUGAGGCAGAAGAACUUAAAGACAACAGGGUGGUCUUUUUUGAAGCAGAGGCAAGAAAGUUAGACAAUAAGGAUUUCUUUGGCAAAUCUGACCCUUAUUUGGAGUUUUAUAGACAGACAUCUGAUGGGAAGUGGCAGCUGGCUCACAGAACAGAGGUCAUCAAAAACAACUUGAACCCUGUAUGGAGACCUUUUAAAAUUCCUCUUCAGGCUUUGUGUGGUGGAGAUUUAAAGAAUUCAGUCAAGGUGGAAUGCUAUGACUAUGAUGAUGAUGGAUCACAUGAUCUCAUUGGGAUUUUUCAAACUAACGUGGAGAGACUGUGUGAAGCAAAACGAGGAUCACCUGCAGAAUUUGAUUGCGUAAAUGAGAAAAAGAAAAGCAAGAAGAAAAAUUACAAGAAUUCAGGGGUUGUGAGUGUAAAAGAAUGCAGGAUUGAACGUGAAUAUUCGUUCCUUGACUACAUCAUGGGUGGUUGUCAGCUAAAUUUUACUGUUGGCAUCGACUUUACUGGCUCCAAUGGAGACCCUCGCUCUCCAAAUUCUUUGCAUUACAUCAGCCCUAAUGGUGUUAAUGAGUAUCUGACGGCAAUCUGGUCUGUAGGUUUUGUCAUUCAGGAUUAUGACGCAGAUAAAAUGUUCCCAGCAUUUGGAUUUGGUGCACAGAUCCCUCCUUCAUGGCAGGUUUCACAUGAAUUUGCAUUAAAUUUUAACCCUGCAAGUCCCUUUUGUUCUGGAGUCCAGGGUAUUGUGGAUGCUUACCGGCAGUGCAUUCCUCAGGUGAAGCUGUAUGGACCUACAAAUUUCUCUCCAAUAAUAAACCAUGUUGCAAGGUUUGCAGCAGUUGCUACUCAACAAAAGACUGCCUCACAAUAUUUUGUUCUUUUGAUAAUCACUGAUGGAGUGAUUACAGACCUUGAUGAAACCAGGAGUGCCAUUGUUAAUGCUUCCAAGCUUCCAAUGUCUAUUAUCAUUGUUGGAGUUGGAGCAGCAGACUUCAGUGCCAUGGAAUUCCUGGAUGGGGAUAAUGGUGUCCUUAGAUCACCAACAGGAGAAGUAGCUAUUAGGGAUAUUGUCCAGUUUGUGCCAUUCAGGAAGUUCCAAAAUGCUCCCAAAGAAGCUUUAGCCCAGUCUGUUCUGGCAGAAGUUCCUCAGCAAGUGGUUUCUUACUUCAACACAAUGAAACUGCAUCCUCCCAAUGAUGUUGGAUCAAAAUCAUCCUAAUCAAAAAAACUACAAGGAGAUGAACUUUCUGUAAGGAUGGUAUCUUAUUGCCAAAUGCAAGCCUCAUCUGCCUGGGGAUGCUUAAUAUCAUACUUUAUAAUUUUGCCCUUGAGGGAUACCUUCUCUGUUCCCAUGGUUCAUGUUCCACAGCUGCAGCAGCAGCAGAAAUCUGCCUUAUAGUCCGUGACAUAUGCUACUGUUGUACUUCCACAGUAGGAUCUUGGGAAUAGGACCGCCCAUCAACAACCUGAUCUUGAUGACAUGUAAAUUGACAUAGUAUCCAACGGCCACUAUUGGACACUAUUUCCAUUCUUCUAAGAAAGUACAAUUCUAGAAUUUGGACUUUGAGUACUGGAAAAAAAAUGACAUUUUUAUGGGAUUUGUCUUUCAGGCCAGAAUACUCAUUCAUCAUAAUCUGUACUUUAUAUAUUUGUACUUUUAACCUUGUCAGUGUUCUUAAAUAAAUUCUAAAAACGUAA